CUGAUAUAAAUGUCAAAAGGUGAAAACUUAUGCAUACAUAUUUUUAAAUGAAAAAUAGUGAUUAUUGUAAGAACUUAUGGAAAUUUGAUUGAGAAUCUAUAUAUUAUGUUAGGAAACGAGAGAUUUUCGUUCCAGAAAACAGUGCAAUGUUUAGCUCGAGUUCUUGCUCGUAUUAAACCAACACCAUGGGAUAAGGUGCAAACUUUGUACAGAUACUGUCCGCAAGAGAAUGCAGCGGGAGUGUUUUGUCUGGAUUCACGGGCACAGGACGCGGUCAUCGCACUUGGCCUGUAUUUCCUCGAAAGUGAAUAUCAAUAUGAGAAGGAAAUAAUUCCCUAUCUGUUAAGGCUCUCGAAAGCCUUGCCCAAGGCUGUUUGGAUCGAUGACGUGAAGCCAAAUAAAAACGACAAAAUACCGAAUGCUGAAAAAUUCUGCUUUUGUCUUAACAGUUUGUUAUCAGAUAUCGCGGUUGGAUGUCCUGAGAGUCGCGAUGAUAUAAUAUUCAACCAGGUUGAGGUGCUAACGGUUUUAACAAAUAUGAUAAAAGGUAGCAAAGAAAAUAGUAACCUACCGCCGAUCAUAUUGUGCAAAGCAACUGUUCCUCUGCUCUUGGGGUUAGGAAGAUCCAUGGGACGGUACGCGACAAGUGAUCCUCCUUUGCUAUGUCGGCUCUUUCCAAGAGACGAAAUCCCCACUCCAAAAGCAUUAGAAACCAGCUCUACCUUGGAUUCUAAGCAAAAUAAUAUAAGCCAGUUUCGAUCAAUUAUACCACGUUCCAUGUCGGGAAGUUUAACCGUGGAUUCAUCCGAGGAAAAGUCUCCAAAAAAAAACACCAAAAAGUUGAAUUCCUUUUACUCUAUACCGUAUGAUCCGACAACGUAUUUUUUUGCAAAAUAUGGUUCCAGCUUUAAUCAGUUUCCAAACAUGCGCUUUUGCGAUACUCCGGAGCGCAAAAAUCGGCUCCAGUUUCCGAUUAGCCAUUUACAGACAAUUUUUGCCCUUGCUAAGAAACUUUUAACUAAGGAAACACUAGAACACUUGGACGAGCAAACCAGCGAUAUUUAUUCCUUGCAUCAAAUUAAACCUUACGGAUAUAAGAGUUUUUCCGAAACCAUAAAUCUAGUAAUGGUGACUCUACUGAGGGAGAUCUUGCAGAAUCAAACGGAUCUGCCAACGCCAUUCACCAAAGAUGUCCAGGAGUUUGUGAAACGUUUGUUCCUGAUCGGACAAACUGAGCUGCAAAACAAACAGCACGAUAGUACUAUGGACAGGGUCAAUGAUCCCACCAACAUUGUGGUGAACAAAUACAAAAUCAAUGUAAUGGCCAAUGCAGCUUGUGUGGAUUUGUUAGUAUGGGCUAUCGGAGACGAAACGGUGGAUGAUGACUAUACUCUAUCUUCUCUGCAACAGAGUUUAUCUUGUUUGCUGGAGCUAGAGGCAGACAAGUUAUGCAGUCGCUUAUACCAAAAGUUGAAUUCGGUACUGGGACAUAAAGUUGUAAUGGAUCACAUGCCUCUUUUGAUGGUAUGUUUGGAGGGUUUGGGUAAACUGGCCCAAAAGUUUCCUAACAUAGCCGGUACAUCAAUUUCUUACUUGCGAGACUUUCUCGUGGAUCCCAGUCCAAUUUUGACAAAACUGCACACGCAAUCACAGGCACAAAAUAAAAAAGAAAAGGAAAAUGCUCCUUUUAGGAUUGUCGUCCAAGGGUCCGACUUCAAAGCAUUUGAUCAGCAGUUAAAUCUACGGAAGGGCCUUACCAAAUCUGCUCACGAAGCGUUUGAAGCUCUACGGGAUGCGGCAAUAGAGAAUCUUGCUAUCGCACUUAAAGCUGCUCAUGCCCUGGACCCUUAUUGCGUUCCGGCUCUUGUGGCCAAUGUGUCUAACAGACUGUUUACUGUCGAAAAACAGGAAACUGAAUCAAGCCUAGUGUCGUUGAAUAUUAUCGUUAUGCUUGGUCAUGUUGCUGUCGCUCUAAAGGAUACCCCAAAAACAACAAAUAACAUUCUCCAGUUCUUCAUUCAGCGCUUCUGCAAGGUUCCGUCGGAGCAGAAUGUACUAAUUGUUGACCAGCUAGGCUGCAUGAUUAUAUCCAAAUGUGAAGCGCAGGUUUUCGAAGAGAUCAUGAAAAUGUUCUCUCGUGUUACGGUACAAGCUGCUUCUUUGGCAUACUCCACCAAUCCAGAGCAAAGUGUUUACAGGAAAUCCUACCAUCACGUUUCGGAUGCUGUGGUUAAUGCCUUGGCAAACAUAGCCGCCAACAUCCAGGGAGAGUUGGAGAUGUUGGACCUACUAGGCAAACUGCUUGAACUUUUCGUUCAAAUUGGCUUGGAGGGGGAGCGAUCAUACGACAGUACUUCAGGUGCACAAAAGGCGAGUUCCAGCGCAGGGAAUCUGGGAAUGCUGAUACCGGUGAUUGCGGUUUUAGUAAGACGAUUGCCACCUAUUAAAAACCCGAAACAGCGUCUUCACAAAUUGUUUAAAGAUUUUUGGCUUUAUUGUGUUGUUAUGGGUUUCACAAACGCAAGGUUAUGGCCUUCCGACUGGUAUCAAGGCGUUCAACAAAUUGCAGCCAAGUCACCAUUAUUGAUUUCUCAAAGUGCACAUCGAUCGGAAAUGCGAGAGUUGAAUUACACAUCUGCUAUUCGAUCCGAUAGCGUUAGUUUAAAUGAGUUGCGCAGUCAGAUUUUGGUACUACUAGAUCAUCCACCGGCAGAUAUAACAGCAUGCAUUAAUAAGCUCACGUUUGCGCAGUGUACAUACCUAUUGAGUGUAUACUGGUUGGAAAUACUUCGAGUAGAAAAUGCUUCCGAACCAAGUUUGGAACCCAUUUUAAAUUAUUUGUGUGAUAAUGCUCUGUUGAAAGACAAGUAUGGUAUGUGGCAAUGUAUUCGUUGUAUUGGCGAUCAAGUGUUUGAAAAGUUUAGGAGCGUUCUUCUGGAGGAGGACGCAUUAAGGGAGAAAGUUUUAGAAUCACAAGCUAUGCUACUAUUGGUAUAUUUCAACCAUAUUCACAAACAGAUUCAGUUAGUCGCAGAUCAAUAUCUCUCACAGUUAGUUGAUAAAUUUCCACAUCUCCUGUGGAAUCGUAAAGUACUGUGGUGUAUGUUGGACGUUCUGCAGUUGUUGGCGUUUUCGUUGACACUUGAUCCAAAUGAAGAAACUCCGACGCUACGAGUAGCGUCUACGCCAUACACGCUUCAAUUAAUGGAUAGUUUACCGGCCAGGGAAAGCCGUGUUAAAGAUUUCGCUGAUCGCUGUCAAGGAAUAGUCAACGAGGCGAUGAAGUGGGCGCCAAAAUCAACUAGAAGCCAUUUGCAAGAGUAUCCGAAUCAGGUACCAUCAACAUCACUGUCAAAUCACAGUGGCUUGGCAUUGGCUGUGGACUCAAUCUUACAUACGUGGGUUACUAACGCUAGUCUUCAGUCGACUUCAAAACGACCCCAUUGUGUAAACAGUGACACCUCUAAGUUCGUGUCGGUCCUUUGCUUGCGUAGUAAGUACGCGGGAGAAAUAUCCGGAUUGUUAUCUGUUCUUGAAGAUGAGGAGAAGAAGGGACUUGCGGAUCGACUAGUCAAAGACAUUUGGGAUGCUUGCGCUGAAAAAAGUGAUGCGCAUCAUCGUGGAGCACUGUGGCGAGCAACGGCAUAUUUGAUACUUUGUUCUAGCGCUAACAGAAAGCUGUUGCAUGCUAUUUCCUCAUCCCAGGUACAGUUAUUUACGGAAUCAGCGAUGGAAACGGCCGUUGAAUGUUGGCAAUGGAUACUGACUGCAAGGCAGGACUUGGAGUUAUGCUUCAUUCAAGAAAUGGUAACUGCUUGGCAGACGACAUUCGAUAAACGAAUUGGUUUGUUCACCGAAGAAAUUGACAUCACGAGUCCACUUGCCGCCUAUGAAGGCUGUAGGUUAGUUCCAAAGCCAAUUAUGGUUGCUCCACAUUCAAUUUGGCUUCAACUGCUUUCUGAGAUGGUGGAUACAGCCAAAUACUGCAAUCGUGAUAAAGUUGAAAUGUUUUGUAUGCUACUUCAUCGCUGUCUUCCCUUCAGUCGGGACUUCAAACAAACUAAACACAUUUCUACAGUCGGAUGCCGAUUCAAGCUUCUUCAGUGUGGUUUAUCGUUACUACAAGGAAAUACAAUUCCAAAAUCGCUGGCUCGAAACAUUUUGAGAGAACGCAUUUACGCCAAUGCAUUAGAUUAUUUUUGUGGUCCGCAACUCUGUCCCAGUCAACCCAGAGAAGCUUUAUUGGAGGAUAUUUCUAUCUUGUUGAAAUUUUGGCAAACAAUGCGUAGCGAGAAGAAACACCUGGUAGCAUCGGAAGUCAGUGAUUACGAAUUGAACCCGACUUCGCAAAAUCUUUCGGUUAACAAAUCGUCUCUAGAUACAGCAUCUCUUGCCGGGAGCGAAGUCGCACGAUCUACCAGCAGUGGAAACGCCGGUUGGUAUAAUACCAUUCCUCAUUCCACAUCAACACUCUCGAAAAGGUCUAAUCGGAUCAAACGCCCGCCCUACCAAAAAGAUGCAUACGAUAAAGACUACAUGAAGAAACGUAAUUUAAUUCUUGAGCUUUUAGCUGUUGAAAUCGAGUUCAUGUUAAUUUGGGCCAAUCCACUGGCUUCUCCAGAAAUGCUAGUUGCUGGUGAAGAAUCGGUUGCUGAGUGGCGAGCUCGACCAAUCAAACUGAAUGUCUGGCGUGACUACACUCGUCUUGCAUGGUCUUAUAAUCCAGCAUUGGCUAUUUAUUUACCACAGCGAAUUAGAAAUGCCGAAACAAUAGAAGACGAAGUUACACGUCUAGUAUGUUCUGACCCACUGUCUGCUAUACACAUCCCAGAAGCGUUGAAAUAUCUCGUCACCACACGAACCUUACUGAAUGAGACUCCUGAGUUAGUGUACAUGUUGACAUGGGCCCGGGUCAGUCCCAUACAGGCUCUAUCGUACUUUUCUCGUCAAUAUCCCACUCAUCCACUGACCGCUCAGUACGCGGUCAAAACCUUGAAUUCGUAUCCGGCCGAAGCUGUUUUGCCGUACAUUCCGCAAUUGGUUCAGGCACUUCGACAUGACACGAUGGGAUACGUCACCGAGUUGAUCAAGCAUAUAUCUAAGCGGUCGCAAAUUGUGGCACAUCAACUAAUUUGGAAUAUGCAAACUAACAUGUACAUUGAUGAAGAGAUGCACCACAAAGAUCCAAUAUUAUAUGACGGCUUAGAGUCGCUGUCCCAGAACAUCAUUUCGUCCCUUUCUGGACCGGCCAAACGGUUCUACGAGCGAGAGUUCGACUUUUUCGGUAAAAUUACAGCCGUUAGCGGAGAAAUUCGCUCGUUUCCGAAAGGUCAAGCUAGAAAAAAGGCGUGUCUUGAUGCACUCAGUAGGAUAAAAGUACAGGCGGGUUGUUAUCUGCCAUCGAAUCCAGAGGCUAUGGUGUUAGACAUCGAUUAUAAUAGUGGAACUCCAAUGCAAAGUGCAGCGAAGGCACCCUAUCUUGCACGGUUCCGUGUUCAUCGUUGUGGCAUUACGGAACUGGAAACAAUGGCAAUGGAAGUGUCUAACAAUCCUGAUUCGCAGCUGGAUGCCCCUAAGAUGAUAAGUUCAAUGGGUCCGGAGAUGUGGCAAGCAGCUAUCUUCAAAGUGGGCGACGAUGUGAGACAGGAUAUGCUGGCCCUGCAAGUUAUUUCUAUUUUCAAAAACAUCUUCCAGCAAGUUGGCCUCGAACUAUUUUUGUUUCCAUAUCGAGUUGUUGCUACAGCGCCCGGGUGCGGUGUCAUCGAGUGUGUGCCAAAUGCUAAAUCUCGUGAUCAACUGGGACGACAAACAGAUUCAGGCUUGUAUGAGUAUUUUUUGCAUCAGUAUGGUGACGAAACAUCGAAAGAGUUUCAAGUGGCACGCAGCAAUUUUGUCAAGUCGAUGGCUGCGUAUUCGGUGAUUGGGUACCUGUUACAAAUAAAGGAUCGUCAUAAUGGCAACAUAAUGAUUGAUAAAGAUGGACAUAUUAUUCAUAUUGAUUUCGGAUUCAUGUUCGAGUCUUCUCCCGGAGGUAACAUUGGUUUCGAACCGGACCUGAAACUAACGGACGAAAUGGUGAUGGUGAUGGGUGGCAAAAUGGAAGCUGCUCCAUUCAAAUGGUUUUGUGAUUUGUGUGUACAGUCGUUCUUAGCUAUACGGCCCUACCAAGAUGCAAUUGUGACAUUGGUAUCACUGAUGCUAGACACUGGACUACCGUGUUUCCGCGGGCAAACUAUAACACUAUUAAAACAAAGAUUUGUUCCAACUAAAAACAGUAAAGAGGCAGCCGCGCACAUGCUGGGAGUGAUUCGCAACUCGUACCAAAACUUCCGCACCAGAACUUACGAUAUGAUACAAUAUUACCAAAAUCAGAUCCCGUACUAAAGUGGUGGCUAGCAUAAGGAAAUGACAAGUUUGGUGACUGGUUUGAAUAUUUAGACAACUAUGUUUGACCCAUUUCUGGCGCCACAGUAUUGCUUAUUGCUCGAGUUCGAAUAAAUUGCUUUCUAGACCGAAAGAUCGACAAUAUUUUUUUAAUCCGUUUGGUUCGGAUUGGAAGUAUCUCAGCUUCGAGUAUGCCAAAACUAACUCGUCUGCGCAAGGAAUGGGUUGAACUUAUACGAGAAACGAGUUCUUAGUAUUCUACUACUCUUACUCAAUGUGGUAUUCUAUGUGAUUCUUAAUGUAGUCAAUCGUAUUCCUGUUGAAUGUAUAUUAACUAUUAAAAUAUAAUAACUGAAAAAGUAAAAAUGUUUUAUUGAUGUUGACGUAACAA